AGAGCCUUGUGAUCUGCACUGAGGUUCCGGAGUGGCGGGCAAUAGUAAUUGUCAACGCAUACAGAGUUUGUAGUGAAAACUCCCCUUGGGCAGUUGGUGGUCUGGGUUGGCUAUCAACAACAUGAUGGAAAUGUUGCAGGACUCGGAACCCUGAUGCGGUUCAUCCGUUCGUGCCUAUAGGCUACACGUGGCUGGCCCGUAUCAUGAAGAGUCACACCGGGACUAGGCAAUGGGUGCCGCUCUGAGGGAGAAGGCCCGAGGUGAUCUUCUACUCUCGGUUCUUCUCGGGGCAUCUGCUUCUUCUUCUUCUUCUCCAUGCCUGGGUGUACUCUAUCUCUCUGCACCCAACUCGCACCAGGACGGCUGCCGGCAAGACGUGGCUACGAACUCGUGGCUGUUUCUUCCUGUGCCUCUGGGCGGCUGUGCGGCGAAAGGGGACCCAUCGUGCCGUUGUUGUUUGUCGUUCAUGGCCCCCGAUCGCAAAGAAAAUCGGCCACUAGUGCGGGACACGCAGGGUCGUUGUGCCGGUACUGCAGUUGGGGUUCAGGUGCGUAUGGGUAACGAUGAAUGCAAAUGCGUCCCAAUCUGUAUCCAUGUCUGUCAGGAUAGUCAGGCAAGGUAUCUUCGUAAGGGUAUCCGUAUGUUAGUGCGAUAUGGCCAAUCGCGUAUAUCGUCUUGUCUGCGCGUGCAACGUCGUCGAGCGGCCGCCUCUCAUGGGCAACAAAAUAUCAUAGCAGUCAGUGAUGGCCGGUGACACAAGGGCAGGGAGAACAUGACGAUGGACCCCAUCGCAUUGUAUCCGUACGGGCAGGCAUCCACCGAUCCAGACAACUGCUGAUACCUACCUAUUGACUGAGUGGUUGCAUGGCCCAUUGUGACAAAUUGAGCUUCAACGGCGUACCUAUGCCAGCGGACUCACGGGUUACGGAUACAACCCAUUCUCGCUAUUGCACCUUGCCUUGCCUUGCUUUGCCUCGCCCUACCUACAAAUCACCUACAUAAGUGUGUGAUGUGGUAAAAGGUAGAGCCGAGUG